CUGUUUUGUAGGUGAAGGCCAAGGGAUGGAGAGGUCAGUACGUGACCAGCUAUGGUACCACUCCAGUUGGAUUAUGACUAUAUAUACUAGGACUGAGAGCUUGUUACUUCAGAGCCUCCUGUACCCAACAAGUGCACGGAGAUUCCAUAGGGGAGAGAACUGAACGAUCAGAAUGUUUGUUUUUAAGGGAAGUGUGGUGCAAGCAUUCGUGCUCUUGAGCAUUGUUUGUCUUGAGAUCACAAUUGCCGAUGAUGGAGUUCGCUACGUAAACGCCGAAUGGAAAAGACCAGAACAAAGUCAAGAAGGACGCCACUCCUGCACUGCCAGACGUCUAGAGGACAACAGCGAAGAAGUAGCCUGCAGCACUGAGGUCAAGUUCAGACAGAGGGCUCCUGCUGAGUACGCCAACAAGAUCAAGAAAGCCAAGGACAAGCUGAGGCGGCUGGAGUCUCAAUUCGAUGACUGCCAGCAGGAGAAUGACCGCAAGGACAGGCUCAUUCAGCUUCAGGCUAACUUGACAGAUACCAUCCACAGACUUGUAACAGAUAGCGACAUCCAGGCUCUAAGAAGUUCCUGGGCUACACUCACUGCUGGCGCUGAUGGCAGAAACAAUUUUGGAAACAACUUUGUCCUCUGGUUGUUGAACACUAUCCCCAACAUCCGAGAAAGAUUCGAGAAAUUCAACGCUCACCAAUCUGAUGAGGCCCUGAAGAACGACAACGAGUUUGUCAAGCAAGUGAAACUCAUUGUUGGAGGCCUGCAGUCCUUCAUUGACAACCUAGAAAACCCUGGCCAGCUUCAAGCUACCAUUGAGAGACUCGCCUCUGUCCACUUGAAAAUGAGACCAACCAUUGGAUUGGAAUAUUUCAGGCCUCUCCAAGAGAACAUUGCCCAGUACGUCGCUAGUGCUCUUGGCGUCGGUGCUGACGAUGCAGCUCCUAAAGCCUGGGAACGUCUUCUGAAUGCCUUCAACGAGGUCCUGAAUAGCUUUGCCAACUACAACAUUGGUCUUUCUGAUACCGACAAAGUCGCUCUCCAGAGCUCAUGGAGCAGACUGACUGCUGGCGCUGAUGGUAAGAGAAACGCUGGAGUUAGACUUGUUCUUUGGAUGUUCAACAAUGUGCCCAACAUGCGUGAGAGAUUCACCAAAUUCAAUGCUCGCCAGUCUGACGAAGCCCUCAAGACCGACGCUGAGUUCCUAAAACAGGUUGAUGCCAUCAUUGGAGGAUUUGAAACACUUAUCAACAACCUGAAUGACGCUGAUCUGCUGCUCAACCGUCUGGAGAGUCUUGCCGAUGAGCAUUUGGAAAAGAAACCAGCCAUCAGCUCUAAUUACUUUGGACCUCUACAGAAAAACAUUCACUUGUUCAUUGAAGGCACUCUCAAUGUUGGCUCAGACAGUGACGAGGCUCGCGCCUGGACUCACUUGGUUGGCGCUUUGAACAAAGUUAUUAAAGAUCAUGCUAUUCACAACCUGGGUCUAUCUGACAUUGACAGAGAUGCUUUGGUCAGUUCCUGGAACCAACUCACUGGUCGUGCUGGUGGAAGCAGGAAUGCUGGUACUAAUCUCGUCCUCUGGAUGCUGGAGAACGUGCCCAACAUGCGCGACAGAUUCUCCAAAUUUAACGCCCGCCAGUCAGAUGACAAUCUGAGAAAGGAUGCUGAGUUUGUGAGACAAGUGGACCUCAUCACUGGUGGCCUUGAGUCAUUGGUCGACAAUGUUAAUAACCCAAUUUUCCUUCAGGAGGCCCUGGUCAGACUGGCCGAUGCUCACUUGAACUUGAAACCAAGAGUUGGUCUUGAAUACUUCGGUCCUCUUCAACGCUACAUCCACGCCUACAUUGAGAAAGCCCUGGGUGUUUCUGCUGACAGUGCUGCCCCCAGAGCCUGGACAGACCUACUGACUGCCUUCAACAACGUGCUGAAAGACCGUACUUUCCUUAGAAUUGUCUCUGACGAUGACAGAAGAGCUCUCCAGAGUUCAUGGAGCAGGCUGCAGAGUCAAGCAGGCAACAAACAGGAAGCUGGAAUUAAAUUGGUGACCUGGCUGUUUGACAAUGUCCCCAACAUGCGCGACAGAUUCACCAAAUUCAACGCCCACUCUUCUGAUGAAGCCCUAAGAGCUAACAACGAGUUCCUAAGACAAGUCGAUGUCAUUGUUGGAGGUCUAGAUUCAUUGAUCAACAAUGUGGACAACAGUGACAACUUUCAAGCUGCUAUCGAGAGACUUGUGGAUGUUCACUUGCACAUGUCCCCAAGUGUUGGCCUGGAAUAUUUCGGUCCUCUGCAACAAAACAUCAGAUCUUACAUCCAGAACGCCCUUGGAGUCGCUGCUGACAGUGCUGAGGCCAGGUCCUGGACAAACCUAUUUACCGCCUUUAAUGAGUUCCUUGCUGAUCACACUAUUCAGAAGAUCGGACUCUCACCAACCGACAGAAAAGUCCUUGACAGAACAUGGAAGCAGCUGACAAGUGGUGGCAAACAGGAAGCUGGAGUUAAACUAGUUUUGUGGAUGUUCGAUCAAGUUCCCAACAUGCGCGACCAGUUCUCCAAAUUCGACGCCCGCAAAUCCGAAGCUGAGCUGAGAAACGACGCUGAGUUCAUCAACCAAGUCAACAACAUUGUUGGAGGUCUGGACUCCAUCUUAAACAAUUUAGACAAACCUGGUCAACUGCAGGCUGCCCUGGAGCGUCUCGCCGACUACCAUCUUGACCAUAAACCAAGAAUCGGACUUGAAUUUUUCGGCCCUCUACAAAAGUACAUCCAUCUCUACAUUGAGAGUGCCCUGAAUGUUGCUGUUGGCAGUGAGGAAUCUAGAGCUUGGACAGAUCUAUUGACUGCUUUGAACAAAGUCAUCAGAGAUCAUGCCAUUGACAGACUUGGACUUUCAGAUAACGACAGAGAAGCAAUUGACAGUUCCUGGAAGAAACUCAGAUCUGGAGCUGGUGGCAGAAGGAAUGCUGGUAUUAAGCUUGUUCAAUGGAUGUUGAGGACUAUCCCCAACAUGCGCGAUCGCUUCAACAAAUUCGACGCCAAGCAAUCAGACGCAGCUCUUCAACGUGACCCAGAAUUCUUGGCCCAAGUUGACCGCAUCCUUGGAGGCGUUGAGUCCCUGGUCAACAAUGUCGACGACCCUGUUGCCCUUAAAGCCGCCAUCGAUAGACUGGCAGAUGCCCAUUUGAGUUUCGAUCCAAGAGUUGGCCUUGAUUAUUUUGGACCUCUCCAAACUUACAUCCACGACUAUAUCGAGGAAGCUCUAGGCGUCGGUGCUGACAGUGACGAAGCUAAAGGCUGGACUGAUCUCUUCGCUGCCUUCAACAAGGUCCUCAAAGAACGCACUGUUCUCAAGAUUGUGUCAGACAAUGAGAGGGCUGCUCUCAGAAGUUCAUGGGAUUCACUUAAAAGCGCUGCUGGUGGAACCCAAGAGGCUGGAGUCAGGCUUGUACUCUGGAUGUUGCAAAACGUGCCCAACAUGCGUGAAAGAUUCAACAAGUUCAAUGCUCUCCAAGGAGACGACGCUCUUAGAGCCGACGCAGAGUUCGUCAAACAAGUUGAACGCAUCGCUGGAGGACUGGAAUCUCUGAUCAACAACGUAGACAACCAAGGCAAGCUCCAAGCUGCUAUUGAUAGACUGGUUAAUGCUCACUUGAACUUUAGACCCAGCGUUGGACUUGAGUAUUUCCAGCCACUACAAGAGAACAUCUACAAAUACCUUGAGUCUGCUCUUAGUGUUGCCGCUGAUAGCAAUGAGGCUAAAGCCUGGACACAUCUACUGAGUGCCUUCAACACAGUCCUUAGAGAACACUCUCUUGAGAAAAUUGGCCUUUCAGAUGUCGACAGAAAAGCUCUUGAAAGCUCUUGGAAAAAACUGACAGAUGCUGCUGGUGGAAGCGAGAACGCUGGAACAAACCUUGUCUUCUGGUUGUUGGACAAUGUCCCCAACAUGAGAGACAGAUUCACCAAAUUCAACGCCCACCAAUCCAAUGCUGCCCUCCAAGACGAUGACGAGUUCCGUAACCAGGUCAGGGCCAUCACCCGUGGUAUCGAGUCAUUUGUGAACAAUGUCAACAACCCCGCUGCUCUCCAGUCCAGCAUUGAGAAUCUGGUCGAUGCUCAUUUGAACUUCCAACCCAGCAUUGGUCUUUCCUACUUUGGAUCCGUCCAACAAUACAUCCAUCUCUACAUCGCCAAAGCUCUCGGUGUUGCUUCUAACAGUGAUGAGGCCAAAUCAUGGACUAACUUGUUCGCUGCCUUCAACAAAGUCUUGAAAGAGCAUUCCCUCGAGAAAAUCGGUAUUUCUGAUAGCGACAGAAGAGCACUUGUCAGCUCCUGGAAGAAACUAACUGCUGGUGGCAGACAAAACUUCGGUGUUGAUCUUGUUCUUUGGAUGUUCAACAAUGUUCCCAACAUGCGUGAACAAUUCACCAAGUUUGACGCUAAACAAUCUGAUGCUGAUCUGAGAAGAGACCCCAACUUCUUGAAACAAGUCAACAAUAUCAUCAAUGGAGUUGGAGACUUGGUAGAUAGCGUGAAUGAUCCUGGCAAACUUCAGGCCAAUCUGGAGAGACUCACUGAUGUCCACUUGCAUUUCGUACCAAGUGUUGGCCCAGAAUUCUUUGGUCCACUCCAAAAGAACAUUCACACCUUCAUUGAACAAGCCCUUGGUGUCGGUGCUGAUAGUGAUGAGCCCAAAGCCUGGACUGAUUUGAUUGGUGCUUUUAACAAAGUUCUUAAUGACCAUGCCAAUCAACACAUUGGACUCUCUGAAACUGACAGAAGAGCUCUAGACAGUUCCUGGAAGAGGCUCACAGCUGGUGAAAACGGAGUCCAGAAAGCAGGAGUUAACUUGGUUCUCUGGUUUUUCAACAAUAUCCCCAACAUGCGUGAACGAUUCACCAAAUUUGACGCCAAUCAAGCUGAUGAUGCUCUGAGAGCUGACCCCGAAUUCCAAAAACAGGUCAAUGUCAUCGUUGGAGGACUUAAAUCUUUCUUGGAUAGUGUUAACGACCCCAUCGCACUCCAGGCCAACAUGGACAGAAUUGCUGAAGCUCACUUGAGCAUGGAUCCAGUUGUUGGUGUUCCAUACUUCUCUGCCCUUUCCCAGAAUAUCCAUCGCUUCAUUGAAAUCUCCUUGGGUGUUACCGCAGACAGCGAUGAAUCCCAGGCUUGGACUGACCUUUUGGCUGGCUUUACUAGAGUCGUUAGAAACAGAGCUGUUCUCAGAAAAGUGUCUGACAGUGACAAGAGUGCUUUUGUAAGCUCCUGGAAUGAGUUGAUUAGAAAGGCUGGCAGCAGACGCAAUGCUGGAGUCAAUCUAGUUCUCUGGCUGUUUAACAAUGUACCCAACAUGCGCAACCAUUUCACCAAAUUCAAUGGCAACCAGCCAGACGCUGCCCUCAGAAAUGACCAAGAGUUCCUCAAUCAAGUAGACCGUAUUGCUGGUGGCCUAGAAUCUUUGGUUAAGAAUGUGAACAACCCCGCCCGUUUCUUGGACGCCCUGGAGAGACUCAGUUCUGCUCACUUGAACAUGAAGCCAAGUAUUGGACUGGAAUAUUUCGGGCCACUACAACAGAACAUCCACACUUACAUUGAGUCCGCUCUGGGUGUUGCUGCUGGAAGUGAUGAAGCUAACGCCUGGACAGACGUCUUCGGAGCUUUCAAUGAGAUUCUGAAAUACAGCUCAGUUGAGAAAAUUGGACUUUCAGACAGUGAUAAACAAGCUUUGACCAGUUCCUGGAGCAGUUUGAUUGCCGAGGGAAAAGAUACCGCUGGAGAGAAAUUGGUACUUUGGAUGUUCGACAAUGUCCCCAACAUGAGAGCUAGAUUCACCAAAUUCGACGCCACCCAGUCAGACGAAGCCCUCAGAAACGACAAAGAGUUCCGUAAUCAGGUCAACGUCAUUGUUGGAGGUCUAGAGCUACUGAUCAACAGCGUCAAUGAACCUGGUCAACUCCAGGCCAACCUUGAGAAACUAGUGGAUGACCACUUGCACAUGGUACCAAGUGUUGGUCUUGAAUACUUCGGACCUCUCCAAAAAUACAUUCACCUCUACAUUGAGAAAGCUCUCGGAGUAAGCUCAAACAGUGUGGAGUCCAAGUCCUGGACCAAUCUGCUUCGUGCCUUCAACAAAGUCCUCAAGGAACAUUCCGUCAAGAAAAUCGGUCUUUCAGAAGAAGACAGGAAGGCCAUUGUUAGCUCCUGGAGGAAACUGGUCGGCAGAGCUGGAGGUAGAGACAAUGCUGGAACCAAUCUUGUCCUCUGGAUGUUUGAGAAUGUGCCCAACAUGAGAGACAGAUUCACCAAGUUCAAUGCUUACCAACCUGACUCAGCCCUGAGACAAGACAGAGAGUUUGGAGCCCAAGUUGACCGCAUCACAUCUGGCCUGGAAUCCCUGGUCAACAAUGUAGAGAACCCUGGUCAGUUCCAGGCUGCCUUAGAGAGACUGUCCACCCUUCACAAGAACAAGACCCCUAGUGUUGGACUUCAAUACUUUGGGCCACUCCAGAGGUACAUCCACCUGUAUAUCGAACAGAAUCUGAACGUUGCAUCUGACAGCGUUGAAUCCAGAGCCUGGACCAACCUGUUUGCUUCCUUCAAUGAAGUUCUCAAGAAAGCAUAAACAAGGAAACAGCUCUCAGAAAAACUGACUUUACUUAGCACUCGGACCACGAAACUCUUUCAUAUGGAACUUUUUGAUAGACGAACAAGUGUUGAUAUUGAAAUAAAUUGUUGAUAUUUGUUAAUUUUUUUCUUGCACAAAUCUCACGGGUGAGCGCAUUGAUCAUACAUCUUCAUACAUCUGACUUAAACAUUUCUCUUGUACUUUAUUCAACUCAGGCAUUGUUUCAGAAAACAAAUUCCAUCUUGAAAAUCUGUUAUUUUUAUACAAACUAUUUCCAGUGAUAGUUUAACAUUGUAUCAAUGAUUCCAUUUUUUAAAAACAAUUUUACUUAAGUAAGAAUGCAAAUGUUUUUUAACUCCUCUAAAAAUGUGAACACUUCAAAGCAAGGAGAUUGUUGAAACUUUAACAUUGAGAGAUAGAAAUCUAUUGUACAAUGUUUAGUCUAUCAGAAAUGUUUUCAUCUGCUUGAUCUUAUGUUAACUUUCAACAAGAUUUGUUAAUAAACAGGAAGCUUCAUAACUGAGAAA